AUGCCACAAGAAACCGAGGUAUCAAGAGUCGCCGUACGGAUGCCAGAAUUUGUCGUCACCGAUCCUGAGUUAUGGUUCGCUAUGGCUGAAGGAAGUUUCCACAGCGCGGGGGUGACACAGGACCGGACUAAGUUUGGAUAUAUUGUGGGUGCCCUACCAGCUAAGUACGCAACGGAGGUGAAGGACAUUAUAUUGAAUCCACCUACCGACGAGGCCUUCCACAAAUUGAAGACGGAGCUAAUUCGACGUUUAAGUGCCACGCAAGAGGAGAAGACCCGACGCCUUCUGGAGCGAGAAGAAAUGGGAGACCGUAAGCCCUCACAGUUUCUUCGUCAUUUACAGAACCUUGCUGAUCCAGCCGUUCCGGAGAGCCUCAUGAAAUCCCUCUGGAUGAACCGUCUACCCAGAAGUGUCCAGGUGUCGUUGGCCAUUGUGCAAGACAGCAGCCUCCAAGAGUUAGCUGUCCAUGCAGACCACAUCAUAGAAGCAAUCUGA